AUGAGAGGGUUCUGUGCCCGCUACCACCUUCUGUUAGGUCCUGCGUGGUGUGGCAGGCUUCCAAGUGGCAGUGUGGCCGCUGGGAACGAGCCCACUGGCCAGGCUGGACACAUGGCCAACUGGACAGACAGGGGCUACCCUGGGGCAAGCGAGGGGCUGGGGAGUGCUGCAGGGCUGCCCACCUCCACCUGCCUCCAGCCUGAGGAGGACGAGGAGCUGCCCGUGGGCUGCGGGGAGCCUGCCAGAGAGGGGCAGCCGAGCUGCGAGGGAGCCACGGCAGUGGCCCCAGCCCUGGAGGAGCCAUGCAGGCUAGUGCUGAGCACGCCAAGCAGCGUCCUGCGCGUCAAGGAGAUCCAGGAGCUGGGCCCCCACCUGCCCCCCCGGCUGACGCAGCAGCCCUGGCACCUGCUGUACUGCACUGGACGGGACGGCUUCAGCCUGAGGACACUGUACCGCUGCGGGGGCAAGACGGGCUCCCCGGCCCUGCUGCUCAUCAGGGACACGGAGGCACAGGCUUUCGGUGCCUUCUCUGCCACCACCAUUCGCUGCAGCAAUGGCUUCUAUGGGACGAGAGAGAACUUCCUCUUCUCCUUCUCCCCAGACCUGAAGGUGUUCAGGUGGACAGGCAGGAACAACUUCUUCAUGAAAGGGGAUGUGGACCUGCUGAUGGUCGGUGGGGGCAGUGGCAGAUUUGGGCUGUGGCUGGACGGAUACCUGCACCACGGGGGCAGCCACCCCUGUGAGACCUUCGACAAUGAGACCCUCUCAUCCCGGGGGGAGUUCUGUGUCCAGGACCUGGAGGUGUGGGGCCUGGCCUGA